GGCAUUAUAAAAGGAGUAAAAUUCCAGAUAAUUAAAUUUUCCGAAAGUGGGAUAUUUUAUUUCUAUAAAAUCUCCCACCAAUUUCACUUCCCAAACAAAACCUUAACACCAAAACUAAUUUCUUUGGCCCCAAAAUGGUUAACAUCAUAUUAUGUUUAACUCUGUUUUCUCUAAGUUUAAUCAAUGCGAGUUUAGCAACUAAUCCUGAAAAUUCCCACAAUUCUAACAACCAAAAUCAAAAAAAUAACCCAAAAAGAAAGACAGAGAUUGGAGUUUAUGAGCUAAAGAAGGGAAACAUCACGAUUAAGGUCACUAAUUAUGGUGCUACUGUCAUCUCCGUCCUUCUACCCGACAAAAAUGGAAAGCUGGGUGAUGUGGUUCUCGGGUAUGACUUGCCUAAGGAUUAUGUGAAUGAUACAACAUACUUCGGUGCUGUAGUUGGGCGAGUCGCUAACAGAAUCGGUGGUGCCAAAUAUACUUACAAAGGGGUAAACUACAAACUCAUUGCAAAUGAGGGGAAAAACAUUCUUCAUGGUGGCCCAAAAGGAUUCAGUCGCGUUAUCUGGGAGGUAGACCAGUACUACCCGAAUGCUCCUUCUCCCUCUAUUAGGUUCAGUUACUCCAGUUUUGAUGGAGAGGAAGGUUUCCCUGGUAAUCUCAAGGUAAAAGUGACAUACAAGAUAAUACAAGGAAACCAUCUGUCAGUCGCAAUGACAGCAAAACCAUCGAACAAGGCAACUCCAGUUAAUCUAGCCCAACAUACAUACUGGAACCUUGGAGGUCACAACAGUGGAAAUAUUCUAGAACAUGAUGUUCAAAUCUUUGCUUCCCAAAUCACUCCUGUAGAUGAUCAACUCAUCCCAACUGGCAAAUUCGAGCAAGUUAAGGGAACGCCAUUUGAUUUCCUCAAAUCCCAUGCUGUUGGAAACAAGAUUAAUGAUCUUCCAGCAGGGUAUGAUAUAAACUACGUGCUUGACGUUGCUAAGAAUCUUGGUCCUAAGACACGAGUUGCUAUAGUAAAAGAGAAAAAAUCAGGAAGGGUGAUGGAAUUGUGGGCAGACAAGCCUGGAGUACAGUUUUAUACAGGCAACAAGCUGAGUAACGUGACAGGUAAAGGUGGAUAUGUGUACGGACCUCAUGCUGCUUUGUGUUUAGAGACUCAGGGGUUCCCUGAUUCAGUUAAUCAUCCUAAUUUCCCUUCUGUGAUGGUUUCCCCUGGUGAAAAGUACAAGCACCAUAUGUUGUUCAAGUUUUCAACCAUGAAAUGACAGGUUAACUGAUAAAUGGAGUAUGGACCGAAGAAUUCGCGUCUUAUAGAGUUUAACCGUCUUUAUUGACAAGUCUUGAGCUGAUGGAUUGCUAAGUGUUCAUUUUCAUAAGCAAUGCAGUUUUCCAUGUACUUUCUUGUUUGAUACUUUGAUAAACAGCAUGCUUAAAUAAAAUUGGCCUGUCUAAUAAA